AUGGCGUCUAGCUCUAUGAGUUCACGUAAGAGUGGUUCGUCGUGGACACCCCAGCAGAACAAGUUGUUUGAGAAGGCUUUGGCUCAGUUUGAUAAGGACACGCCGGACCGGUGGCAGAACGUGGCCAGGGCGGUGGGUGGCGGCAAAUCUGCGGAGGAAGUUAGGAGGCUCUAUGAGAUACUUCUGGAAGAUCUCCGGCGAAUCGAGUCCGGUAGUGUGCCGAUUCCGAGCUAUAAAACUGGCUCCGCCGAUGACGAAUUGAGGCCCAUGUCCCAUGAGCUUGACCUUGGGCUACAGGCUGACCAGGUCCAUUGUGUGGAGGACCAUGUAAUAGUAUAUAGAAACGGGACUCGGGCCAUCUUAUUAAGGCCGACCCGAUGGGGUUUGCAACGGGCCAUCUUGAUUAUUGUCCAAUGGUCCGUUCUACCACGGCCUGGCCCAGAUUCCAACACGUAA